AUGAAUCAUUAUGCAGUUCUACUUGGAUCGUGUAGCCAUCCUGAUAUGCGAAUCAUUGGCAGUACUUCGAAUCUCUCACAAAUCGAUGAAUUAGAAUGUAUGCCUGGUCCUUCGGGAAUCAAGCAACAUCCCCUCAUUUAUCACCAAUUGAGUAAUUCCACCUCAAACAUUCAAGAGUUAAUCCAAAUAAAUGAGGCCAACAAAUAUUUUCUUGGUGGUUUAUGUUAUGGCCAAUUAUUGGAAAGUGCCCAUUCACUUUCUUAUCUGGAACUUGUUCAUGAAGAACAAACGAAGCGAAUGAGGACGCGAUCAGAAUGGUUUCUGUCGCCAGUAUCACCAAAAAGCAGCGAUAACGUGUGGAAAUCGAAAUCUUCAGGACUUGAAUGCCAAGAACAUUGUCAGACAACAAAGGAGAGUGGUCUGACGAGUUCAUCUAAUUGCCUCAGUAGGAAAAUUUCUGAUUGUGAGACUUGUAUGGAGAGGAAGCCGCUUGAAAUAAUGCUGGAUGAGGAGGAGCAUGCAAUCAGUAGGUGCCAAAUCCGUGCAAUUUUUGAACGACAAACUUCAGAUUGUAAUAUUCCUACACAGUUACAUAGAAGCUUUGGCGGUGCGGCUCGAAAGCGUUCAUGGAGAAUUCAUUAUGUGCGACCAAAUAAAAGUCUCGAUCUUGAUGAUCUAAAAAAGAACAACAAUGGAACUGAUUCGAACCAUUCAACGCCAUUGUAUCGUCAUCAAAAAUUUAAAUUUGAGAGUGGAAUUUCACCAGUGGUUCAGUGGCGUUCAAGUUUCGUUGUGGGUCACUCAGCGGCAAAACAAACCAACAAACUACUAAGGAUUCGAGCUGUCGCAAAAAGUUUGCACAGCUUCGAUGGUCUCGUUUAA